AUGGGGAGUUUAGGAGUGCUUGUGAAACACCCGGAUGAUUUCUAUCAAUUGUUGAAGCUGAAAUUGGCUUCGAGGCAUGCCGAGAAAAAGAUCUUGUCGGAGCCUCACUUGGCCUUUUGUUUCUCCAUGCUUCACAAAGUCUCUUGUAGUUUCGCCUUCAUUAUUCAACAGCUCGACACCGAGCUUAGAAAAGCCGUCUGCAUAUUCUAUUUGGUUCUUCGAGUGCUUGAUACUGUUGAGGAUGACACUAGUGUAGCAACUGAUGUCAAAGUUCCUAUCCUCAAAGACUUCUAUCGUCAUAUAUACGAUUGCAACUGGCACUUUUCAUGUGGUACAAAGAACUACAAAGUUCUUAUAGACGAGUUUCAUCAUGUAUCUAUUUCUUUUCUCGAACUCAAAAAAGGUUAUCAGGAGGCUAUCGAGGACAUUACGAAAAGAAUGGGUGCAGGGAUGGCAAAAUUCAUUUGCAAGGAGGUCGAAACGGUUGAUGACUACGAUGAAUAUUGUCACUAUGUAGCAGGACUUGUGGGAUUAGGUCUUUCCAAACUUUUCCAUGCCUGCGGCACGGAAGAUUUGGCUCCAGAUUCACUCUCCAAUUUAAUGGGUUUAUUUCUUCAGAAAACGAAUAUUAUCCGAGAUUAUCUUGAGGAUAUUAACGAGAUACCAAAGUCGCGAAUGUUUUGGCCUCGCGAUAUUAUAUGUUCUGUUUAA